AUGCCUGUAACGAUGGAUUACUUAUACAUGCUCCCCGCAAGGAUUCCAGCAAUCAACAUGACUCUGUCAAGCGAAGUAGCCAUGCCUCGGCUCGCCUCGCUACAGCUGGCGAUGCUCACCGGAUCGACAGGCAGAAGCCACUCGGAAGUGUGCCUGGUAACACUGGAGUGGUGGUGGCGGCCGGGUGCAGUCGAGCCCGCAUCCCGAUUCUGUCAUUAUACUGCUCAUGAAACAAAGGGAAACACAUCGCCACCUGUCGAGUGGGUGCCCGCUAGACGGACCCCCUGCGCGGUGCUGGCUACGGGGACAGGCCGCGAUCGCCGACGCACCCGAUGCACGGCCAGGUGUAGAUCGGACUCUUGCGUGCGGCUGGGCCGCAGUGGAGGAGGCCAGAGGCAGGCAUGA